UUUCAAUAUAAAAAAUAGAAAAAAAAAAAAAAGAUUAGAAGAAUAAAACCAUUUUAUAUUGUAAUUGUAAUUUUAAAACGUGAAAUUUUAUAAUUAAAUAUGAGUAAUAAAAAAGAAAUAGUGCAAAAAGAAAAAACUGUACAAGCGAUAAUCGUAGCAGAUACUUUUACAGAUGAAUUUAUACCUAUAUCUAAUUCAAUCCCCCAUGCACUUCUACCAGUUUUAAACAAACCCUUAAUUGACUACACUCUGGAGUUUUUAUCCUUAGGUGGAAUUGAAGAAGUGUUUUUAUUUUGUUGCAGUCAUGCAGAUGAAAUUAAAAAACAUAUUAACAAAUGCAUCAAGAAUGGAGAUGGUUGGACUCUUACUAUGAAGGUUAACAUUUUAGUCUCUGAAUCAUGUCAAUCAUUUGGUGAUUGCCUUAGGGAUUUGGACGCCAAGGGCUUAAUACGAGGCGAUUUUGUUUUACUAGAACCUGGUACCAUGUCUAAUGUGCAGCUAUUACCUCUUUUGGAGAAGCAUAGUGAAAUAGUCAAAGCAGACAAAUACACAGCCAUGACUGUAAUUUUACAAGAAGCUGGAAUUGGUCAUAUAGGAAGAAAUUCAUUAGAAGAUAUUUUAUUAGCGACAGAUAUCCACAAUAGAGUACUUUUUUAUAAGAGACACAGCAAAUCGCGAGAGCGGAAACUGAACUUUCCUGUGGAAAUGUUUUUAGAAAACCCGACCAUAUAUCUACUACACAAUUUGAGGGAUACUCGAAUUGCUAUCUGUUCUCCUUCUGUUCUACCCUUAUUUUCCGAUAAUUUCGAUUUCCAGACUAAAGAUGAUCUAGUACGAGGCCUUCUGAUGAACGAGGAGAUUUUAGAAGGGACGGUUUACACUCAUGUAUUGAAGGGUCACCAAUUUGGUGGAGCUGUCACAUCAUGGAGAAUGUACCAAGCACUCAGCCAACAGCUCCUAACGAAGUGGAUACAUCCACUGAAUCUACCUCGAAAAAACAACAGAAUGCUGAAAAACGACGUUAUCAUCGGACCUGGCACUAAUAUUCCAGAAUCUUCUCGAGCCAACAGAACAAUUUUGGGACCAAACGUAGUAGUGGGUACUAACGUAACAUUGAACGAGUGUUAUGUGUUUUCUGAUACCAAAAUAGAGAACGGUGCUGUUAUAUCUCAUAGUGUAAUAGGUCCAAGUUGUACAAUUAAAGCCAAUUCAGUAGUGAAAAAUGGAAGUAUAUUAGGCGAAGGUACCGUUAUAGAAAAAGGAAGUUGUAUUGAUGAUUGUCUGGUCCAAGCUGAGCAACCCGAAGAUGACGAAGAAUUUGUUAAAUUAGGCAGCAAAGCUUAUGAAUUAAAAAUAUCGGAUGACGAUGACGACGAUCAGCUUCCUUCUGAUAUAUACAUGAAGACACAUAGGUUGCGUAUCUGUGAAGAAGAAAAUUAUGAUGACUCAGACGAAGAUGGUUUUAGCGAGAGUGAAGAAGAACUAUCGUAUACUCAGUCACCGAUUCCAGAUGACACAAAACUAUUCUUUACUGAAGUAAUUGAUAGUCUUACCAGAGGUUUCGACGACAAUCUAUUAUGCGAUAAUCUUAUUCUGGAAAUUAACUCUUCCCGAUACGCCUAUAAUGUUACUGUGAAAGAGGUAAAUUUCAACGUUGUAAAAGCUAUUUUAUGUAUUUCCUUAAGGGAGCCUAUUGGUGUUCAGUAUUACUCUCACUUGGCACGUUUGUUGUCAUACUUUGCUCCUGUCCUGAAGAAUUACAUCCGUAACGAAAACGCUAUGGUGGAUUGCUUGCAAGCAAUACAGGAAGUAGCCGCAUCGAACGAAAACAUUAAAGAAAAGUGGGUGAUUGCAAUAUUACAGCACAUGUACGAUAAAGACUAUAUAAGCGAAGAAGUUAUACUGGAUUGGUUUAACAAAUUAGAAAACAAUAGCACCUUCAGCAAGCAAGUUAAACCAUUUGCCGAUUGGCUCAAAGAAGCAGAAGAAGCAUCCAGUGAUGAUGACGAUGAGGAUGAAAGCGAUUAAAUAGUUGUUAGUUUAUAUUAAUUACGUAAUAAAGAUGACUAUAUUUUG